CCAUGAAAAAUAGGAACUGUUGUCCAGUGUCCGCUGUGACGUACGGACAGAUUAAAGUGUGCACAGGAAAUUUGUCGCAGUGAAAUCGUCCAUUACGCUCCCUCUUAGUUUUAUUUUUGAUUGUGUAAGUUGUUUUAAUGUUAAGGUACUGAAUAACUGAUGUAGAGUUUUUCCGCUUUGCAAAAACAUUGACGUGGAAAUAUGGAUAAAGGUACCCACGUGAAAACGACAUCUGCGCCGUCUGUGUCUCAGAUCAAUGCCGAGCAUGUGACUCAGUUGGCUAAUAAAUACUGGGCACCCCAUGUCACUGAAAAAUUACCUUUCGAUCUGAAGGUGAUAGAAGAUAUUUAUCUGACUGAAAUUCUGAAGUGCAAAUUUGCAAUCAGAAAAAUCAUGCUACUGGAAUUUAGUCAGUAUCUGGAAAACUACCUGUGGGUGAAUUACACCCCUGAUGUAUCCAGUAAUGCCUAUCUCAUGUCCAUAUGCUGCAUUGUGAAUGAGAAAUUCCGGGAAAAUGUUCCUGCAUGGGAGGUUUUUAAGAGGAAACCCCAGCACUUCCCAUAUUUCUUCAAUCGGGUGUUGGAAGUUUUAGUAACUGAAGACAAACCCGGUUUAUCCUUACAAGAGCAGACAGUGUUGUUGCUCUUCCUUGACCACUGUUUCAACAGCCUGGAAGUAGACCUGAUUAGAGAACAAGUACAGAAGCUUGUCUGCCUGCCUAUGUGGACCUGCCUGAUUCCAGCCAGACUGCAGAAAGAACUGAAGGUGCCAAAGCUGAAAAAAUUCUGGGCUUUAAUAAAGAAGAAUUAUGAUAAAAUGGAUGAGAAGGCCUUUGAAGAGGCUGAUGAACAGCGAACAUUUCUUUCCCGACUCAUUAAAAAAUUCCUUGGGGUUCUGACAUCUCUCUCACCAUCAGGAGAAGUUUCGAUGGAGAAAGUUCACUACUGCGAGAGGUUCCUUGAGUUAAUGAUUGACCUUGAGGCUCAGCUUCCAACCCGCCGAUGGUUCAACGCCGUGCUGGAUAACUCUCACUUGGUGGUCAGGUGUCAGCUCUCAGGUCUUACCCGAAGAGAAAAUGAAGGGCAUCUUUUCUGCCAGCUCUUGGAUAUGCUGAAAUUCUACACCGGCUUUGAAAUAAAUGACCAAACAGGGAAUGCUCUCACAGAGAAAGAGAUGACAAAUCUACACUAUGACCAAAUCACAUCUCUGCAGAGAGCAGCGUUUGCACAUUUCCCUGAGCUUCAGGACUUUGCUUUAUCCAACGUGGCAGCAGUGGAUACCCGCGAGUCCCUCAUAAAGCACUUUGGUCCUCUCAGUCCCAAUACACUUCAUCAGGUGGCAGCCUACCUCUGUCUCUUACCAGAAUUGUCAGAAGGAGAGAACACUACCAAUGACAGCGAGUUCCUCUUUGAAAUGCUGGUAUCUCGUCAUGAGAGAAGAAUCUCGCAGAUUGAGCAGCUGAACCAAAUGCCCCUUUAUCCAACAGAGAAGAUAAUUUGGGAUGAGAACAUUGUUCCUACAGAAUAUUAUUCAGGAGAAGGUUGCUUAGCAUUGCCAAAACUCAACCUGCAGUUCCUUACUCUGCAUGACUACCUGCUAAGAAACUUCAAUCUGUUUCGCUUGGAGUCCACCUAUGAGAUCAGGCAAGACAUUGAGGAUGUGGUGUCUCGGAUGAAGCCAUGGCAAUCGGAGUAUGGAGGUGUCGUUUUUGGCGGUUGGGCUAGAAUGGCACAGACUAUACUGUGCUUUUCUAUUGUGGAAGUGGCCAAGCCCAACAUUGGGGAGAACUGGCCUGCCCGUGUUCGAGCCGAUUUCACGAUCAACCUCAAUGUGCGCAAUGAAAUCAAAGCAGAAUGGGAAGGAUUGCGGAAACACGACGUUUGCUUCCUCAUCACGGUGCAGCCAAACCUCCUGUAUGGCACACGUUUUGACCGCCGGCAAUCGUUGGUGGAGCAGGCGGGGCUGGUGUAUGUGAGGGGCUGCGAAGUGCAGGGCAUGUUGGAUGACAAGGGCCGCGUCAUCGAGGACGGUCCUGAACCAAAACCCAAGCUGAAAGGUGACACCCGGACAUUUCGUGUUUGGCUGGACCCAAAUCAGUAUCAGCAGGACAUGACAAACAGCAUUCAGACAGGGGCAGAAGACCCCUAUGAGACCUUCAACAUCAUCAUGAGAAGGAAGCCGAAGGAAAACAACUUCAAGGCUGUCUUGGAAACCAUUCGCAACUUGAUGAACACCGAGUGUGUUGUCCCAGAAUGGUUGCACGACAUCAUCUUGGGAUAUGGGAACCCAGACAGCGCCCACUACUCCAGAAUGCCCAACCAAAUCUCCACACUGGAUUUUAAUGACACAUUCCUGUCUGUCGACCACCUGAAGGAUUCCUUUCCAGGUCACAAAGUGAAGGUCACUGUUGAUGACCCUGCCCUUCAGAUACCCCCUUUCAGGUCAGUUUUUAAUGUCAACAGAAACACCAUCCGCUUCACACCCACACAGAUUGAAGCAGUGCGGGCAGGCAUGCAGCCUGGCCUCACAAUGGUUGUGGGCCCUCCGGGUACAGGGAAAACUGAUGUGGCUGUGCAGAUAAUCUCCAACCUUUAUCACAACUUCCCUGAGCAGAGAACUCUGAUUGUGACACACUCUAAUCAGGCCCUGAACCAGCUGUUUGAGAAGAUCAUGGCACUCGAUAUUGAUGAGCGACACCUCCUCCGACUGGGCCAUGGUGAGGAAGAACUGGAGACAGAGAAAGACUUCAGCAGAUACGGGAGGGUGAAUUACGUUCUGUCACGGCGAUUGGAGCUGCUGCAGGAAGUGGCCAGGCUGCAGGAAAGUCUGGGUGUGUCAGGGGAUGUCUCGUAUACCUGUGAGACCGCCGGACACUUUUACCUGUACCAGGUGAUGUCUCGCUGGGAGGAGUACAUGAGUAAAGUAAGGCCCAAACAUGGCCAGCAGGUCCACGUGCAGGAAGUGGCCUCACACUUCCCCUUCCACAAGUACUUCAGCAACGCACCCCAGCCAGUGUUCAAGGGUCAGACCUACGAAGAAGACAUGGACAUUGCAGAGGGCUGCUUUCGACAUGUCAAAAAGAUCUUUACCCAGCUGGAGGAGUUCCGGGCCUUUGAGCUGCUCCGCAGUGGCCUGGACCGAUCGAAGUACCUUCUGGUGAAAGAAGCCAAGAUCAUUGCUAUGACCUGUACUCACGCCGCCCUCAAACGCCAUGAUCUGGUGGAGCUGGGGUUUAAGUAUGACAACAUCUUGAUGGAAGAAGCUGCUCAGAUCCUUGAAAUUGAAACCUUCAUUCCUCUUUUGCUGCAGAACCCGGAAGAUGGUUUCAGCAGGCUGAAACGUUGGAUCAUGAUUGGGGAUCAUCACCAGCUUCCCCCAGUAAUUAAGAACAUGGCCUUUCAGAAGUAUUCCAACAUGGAGCAGUCACUGUUUACCCGCUUUGUGCGUCUCGGUGUCCCCACAGUGGACCUGGAUGCACAGGGCAGGGCUCGAGCUAGUCUAUGUAACCUGUACAACUGGCGUUACAAGAAACUGGGAAACCUGCCCCAUGUUCAGCUUCAGCCUGAGUUUUGUUCUCCGAAUCCGGGCCUGACCUUCGAUUUCCAGCUCAUUGAUGUGGAGGACUUCAAUGGUGUGGGUGAAACGGAACCGAAUCCCUACUUCUACCAAAAUCUAGCUGAGGCAGAGUAUGCUGUGGCCCUCUUCAUGUACAUGCGCCUCCUGGGGUAUCCCGCAGAGAAGAUCAGCAUACUGACCACCUACAAUGGGCAGAAGCACCUCAUCAGGGAUGUGGUGAACCAGCGCUGUGCCAGCAACCCCUUCUUUGGCCAUCCCAGUAAAGUGACAACAGUUGACAGAUUUCAGGGUCAGCAAAAUGAUUACAUCAUCCUCUCACUGGUUCGCACCAAAGCUGUGGGACACUUGAGAGAUGUUCGGCGCUUGAUAGUGGCCAUGUCCAGAGCUAGACUUGGCCUUUACAUCUUUGCACGAGUGUCCCUGUUCCACAACUGCUUUGAACUGACUCCUGUCUUCAGCCAGCUAACUGCCCGCCCUCUGCAACUUCACAUCUGGCCCCAGGAGUACUACACUGAAGUAGUUCAGAACAGGACUCGCUCCCCAUACUCUGAUCAGGUCAUCAAGAAUAUGCCAGAGAUGGCGAGUCUGGUGUACAACAUGUACAUGAGCAUGAUUCAGAAAACACAAACUAGACAGCAGGUGGAUGACAGUCUUUUAGCUGCACCUUUCCAACCACAGCCGAUAGCUGAUGCAAAGAGCAAGUUGGAGCAGGUGGUGCAAGAGCCCAGCACAGAGGAGGCUGCUGAAGAGGACCAUAUGGAGCAGGAAGAGGCAAAACAAGAACACCCCAAAAUGCCUGAGCACCCAGGAAGAGACAGUGACAGUGAAGACAGCGGAACAGAAGAUGAUGCAUAGCGAGAUAGUGUACCCUAAAGCAUCAGCACCAUUCCUUAACGUUAAGACAUAGAGAAAUGCUUUUGCCUAGUCAUGUAUUUGAGUAAUAUACUCUUUUCGUAGUUUUUUUUUUUUUGUUUUGCAAAACAACUUGGAUAACUGGCAUUUAAAAAAAAAAAAAAAAAACUGUGUGUUUACCUUGAUUAGCUGGAGAACUUUUUUCAUAAAGUUUAUUUUAAAGGUU